GCGAGUACGAGACUACUCAAUCUUGCGAUUGACGUCUACUCGCUCCGGUUUGUGGUGACAACUAGACUAAGACUUCCUAAAACCAUGGCUAAACAACAGCCCGUGUCCAUCCUGGUGCCGUUCUGUUACAGGGCUGUGGACUACAGCACUACAGAAAACCUGCUUCGGUCUUGUGAGGGAAUCCCAGUAGGGAAGGUCAUCUUUAGCUAUCUAGAAAAGGGUGAAAGUCUCUUGGACUACUUCUAUCGACUGAAGGAAGUUCCGUGCGGCGAUGCCUCUCAGGGCGUUUGGAAGAUCAGCAGCCCCAGUCAGCUGACGGAUGUACUGGAAGAGAUGGGACGUAUUAACGAGGGGCAUUACUCCCAGAAUGAACACAUCAGCAACGCGACCUUCUUGCGUGACUUCAUACUGAAGAUACUGGAUGUGGACCACUACCCGAUGGUUCUGAGGAACACUAUCAUAGUAGAGCCGUACAUUGAUGCACCGGCAAAGGUGUGUGUGGACGGAUGUGUUUACAACAAAGAGAUCAUCCACUGGGCCAUCUCUGACAGUCUCCACUGGCCGGGACAAGAUAUCCCCUUCCAGGGAAGCUACAUGCCUUCUACCCUACCAGACGCGGUGCAGAGGCGACUGUGGGGCGGAUUUGACAAGGUGGUGGGCAGGAUGGUGGACCACGGAUUCAACAACCAGUUUGUACAUGUGGAGUACUUCAUCCUGGCUGACGGACAGAUCAAGCUGAUUGAGGUGAAUGCCCGUAUGUCCGGUAACCUGAGCGGCCUGUACGCGGCCUGCCUGUCGGGCCCGCUGCCUCUACAGACGCUCCUCGGGCUGUGCUGCGGAGUCCGGCCCGUCCCUCCUGUACCCACGGGACGGGCUGCUCUCAACCUGCCUCUCCAAGUCCGCGGCGACUACACGGGGAAGGUCGGAGACAUGGUCAACAAAGCUGAGCUGGAAAUCCUGAAGAAAGACCCUGACGUCAAGAUCACUUGGGUCAUGUCUUUUGACGAGGAGUUUCUCCUUGGUAAGACGGAGUUUGCGAAGGUUUGGACGUACGGAGCGACCCCUGACGACGCAAAGAAGAAGUACAGGGAAGUGAUGCAGCGCGUGGUUCCGUGCGGCGAUGCCUCCCAGGGCGUUUGGAAGAUCAGCAGCGCCAGUCAGCUGACGGAUGUACUGGAAAAGAUGGGACGUAUUAACGAGGGGCAUUACUCCCAGAAUGAACACAUCAGCAACGCGACCUUCAUGCGUGACUUCAUACUGAAGGUACUGGAUGUGGACCACUACCCGAUGGUUCUGAGGAACACUAUCAUAGUAGAGACGUACAUUGAUGCACCGGCAAAGGUGUGUGUGGAUGGAUGUGUUUAUAACAAAGAGAUCAUCCACUGGGCCAUCUCUGACAGUCUCCACUGGCCGGGACAAGAUAUCUCCUUCCAGGGAAGCUACAUGCCUUCUGCCCUACCAGACGCGGUCCAGAAGCGACUGUGGGGCGGAUUUGACAAGGUGGUGGGCAGGAUGGUGGACCACGGCUUCAACAACCAGUUCGUACAUGUGGAGUACUUCAUCCUGGCAGACGGACAGAUCAAGCUGAUUGAGGUGAAUGCCCGUAUGUCCGGUAACCUGAGCGGCCUGUACGCGGCCUGCCUGUCGGGCCCGCUGCCGGUGCAGGUUCUCCUCGGGCUGUGCUGCGGAGUCCGGCCCGUCCCCCCUGUACCCACGGGACGGGCUGCUCUCAACCUGCCUCUCCAAGUCCGCGGCGACUACACGGGGAAGGUCGGAGACAUGGUCAACAAGUCUGAGCUGGAAAUCCUGAAGAAAGACCCUGACGUCAAGAUCACUUGGGUCAUGUCUUUUGACGAGGAGUUUCUCCUUGGUAAGACGGAGUUUGCGAAGGUUUGGACGUACGGAGCGACCCCUGACGACGCAAAGAAGAAGUACAGGGAAGUGAUGCAGCGCGUGGUGAAGACACCUGAGCAUUUGAAGUUUAACUUCCCGUGAAUACUAGUACUCUAUUUCAACGAGAAAUAUAAUGGUGCACUGGGUAAAGCCUUCGAAUUCACAGACAAGGGCUGAAUGAAAAAUGUGAAUCAAAUUCAUUCGUACAUACUCUCAUAUCAAUCCAUAUACUAAAUGCAUGAUACGGGUAUCUAUAUGUAACGUUAUGUAGCAUGGCAGAUAACUUAUAAAUGUAACAACAUAUUUAUUUUUCGAAAACAAACGAAAGAAUUCUAGUAACUGUUAAGUUGCGUAGUGUUUACGCCUUGGUUUAGGUAAAUUAACGUUCUUUGUAUGGUGUUGGAACUUAUGUUUGGGUCCUGCGAUGAAAGGUUUAAGCAGUACAUGUGUAUUAAUAUCAUGAGAAUGUAAGCUUCGUGCUAAUAUUUUAUCUUUCGUAUUUUUUUAGAUGUUUAUUGGGAUGGCCAUGUAAUAGCCCGCAUAUUGCACCAUUCGAAUGAAAGCUCAUCUGUAUUGGUAAAAUCCAUAGUUGUAGACUUUUAAGCUUUGUUCCAGCACAAGGAAGGAAGUCACAAGGAAAUUUAUCACAUGUAUUAGCUGAUGACUCUCUGGAAUAUACUUUAAUAUUGUAUCUUUGUUGCUAUCUACGUAUUACAUGUAUUGUCUUAUUUAUAUUGUCUCCAUUGAACAUUGUUAAUAAAGACUUUGUAAUGACUA